AUGUCUGAUAUCCCUCCUUCCCAAUCUAUGUUCAUCCCUGACAGGAGCCCAUUGAAUCCCAAGUUGCAUUAUGAUGGUGCAGGGAAUGUGCUUAUAGACAAUGUGCAGCUAUGCCCUUCACAUAUGGACUCACCACUCCUGCCAACUUCUCCCAAUCUUAACCCUGCUGAGAUCCCACUCCCCAACUCGCCAGAUAGAGACCUUUGUGACCCUAUGGCGAUCACUGAGGCUCGUGGAUACCCCCCCACCAUCAAAACUGCUGGUGCACACCACAAGACUGUUACUAAAGCUAACAAAGGCAAGGGAAAAGACCCAGCUGACAUCCAAGUCCUCCUGGACUUUAUCAAAGACAAGCGCCCUCUGGGCCAGAAAGGGUGGCAAGCAAUCCACUUGAAGUACAGCAAGUGGGCAAGUAGCCAUGGCCAUCCUUCUUGUAAAGUGAUGUUCCUUGAAACAAAGUUCAAACAAUUGGUGAAAAUCACAAAGCCUACAGGUGUUGGUGUUUGUCUGCCUGAUGUAACUCAUGCCCAUCAGAUUGACACACUCAUCAAUGAGCAUGCUGGUACACAUGAUCUCAACGACUCGGAUUUCAAUGCUGAUGAUAGUCAUGAUGAUGUCACAGAUGCUCCUGUGCCAUGUCACCAAGGUGUGGCUGCCUCAGAGUUGCUCACUCACAUCAGCAGGGCCUUUGACCCUUCUGUCCAGCAAGCUUGGGAUGAGCAGCAUGCCAACCGAUCCCUUGCAAACAUGCAGCUGCUUACCUAA